CCUGGAUAACAUUGAUGCGGCCGUCGUCCCAGUACGCCGGUUUUUCCCUUAUCAUGCACACUGACCACCACGUGAACGCCGCGAUGACUGACCAGUUCGUGCUCAAGUGGCACUACCACGAGACCACGCUCAUCCAGAACCUGCCCUACUUGCUGGAGAACGACAUCCUGAGCGACGUGACCAUUUCCGUUGGCGCCCAGCACAUCAAGGCGCACAAAAUCAUACUCGCGAUGUGUAGCGUCUAUUUUCUUCAGCUAUUCCAGGAGAUGAAACAUACACAACAUCCAGUUGUGGUUCUACACAACGCGAGUAUAGAAGAUGUGAGGGCCAUGCUAGCCUUUAUAUACAGGGGUCAGUGUGUAGUCUCUAAAGACCAACUUCCGAACCUGCUGUCUGUAGCCAAACUCCUCAAAAUCCAAGGACUUUGCGACAUGAAAGUACCUGAAAAAGACGUAUCUGCCGAAAGCAUUCCAUCUAGCGACCGAUCGAGUACCAAAAGAACUGAACCAGUACCAGACGCUACCUCAUUAGAGGAACCAUCCGAAAGUAGUUCGUAUGUACCCAGCAGUAUUACAUUCAAACGGCACAGUAGCGGCUACAGUACAGCCAUCAAUUUAUCGACAGAUAGUAAACGACCGAGACUAUCAUCAUCUCCAACGUGGGAGAAAAACCAACGAGUAACGCCAGAAAACACAAGUCCGUGCACCCCCGAGGACGUAGUACCUUCGUAUCCCAUUCCAUCCGCAAAGAAGCAGGCCAGUCCCAAGGAUACUUCAGAGACUUGCAAGUGUUUUCUUUGCGGCAAGUACCUGAGCAACCAGUACAACUUGAGGGUGCACAUGGAGACGCACGAGGAAGCCUAUCACGCCUGCCAAUCGUGUCCUCACGUGUCUCGAAGCCGAGACGCCUUGCGAAAACACGUUUCUUACCGACAUCCCGAAGAGUACCUCACGAGAAAACGAAAAAAGACCGACAACAUAUAGUAAUUUUUCGGAAAUUUUUAAAUUUUACCGACUUAUCGACUUUUUACAGUGUCUCGCUUAGAAAAAGACACUUUUUGAGACUGCCUGAAUGACUUUAGACAUCAAGUCAAUGAAAUGAGUCGUUUCUUGACCUUAUUUUUGGUUGUUAACCAAAAAGAAUACCUAGUAUGUCUUUCUAAAGAGAAUGACAAGCCUGAAAGAAUUAAAAGAAAUAGAUAGAUAUAUUUAAAUAAAAAAUUGUUUCUUAA